AUGGAAUCUGAGAGCUUCUCAACUGUGUCGGAGGCCACGGGGCCCGAGACAGUCGAGGCAGUCAUACGUGGGCUAAGGUCGGAUCGGCUCUUCUUCGAGCCUUGCAGGACGAACUCCGUAGUGGAGGAGGCGGCCGCCAAGACUGGAAGAGUCCCAUUCGAAGGGAGCGUCGCCAUGGCAAUAGACUCGAAGGAUCCAUACUGGGAUUUUAAGGUGUCAAUGGAGGAGAUGGUGGUGGCCCAUGGGGUGAAGGACUGGGGGUGGCUUCAGGAGAUGUUGGGGUGGUACUUAAAGCUGAACGGGAAAAGGACUCAUGGAUUUAUAGUGGGGGCAUUUGUAGAUUUGCUUCUUGGCCUUGCUUCUCCUAUUGAGGAAUAA